AUGAGUGCAAAAGCAGCUGCUACAGUUGCCACUGUACCAUUUACAGUCCCAAAGCAGAUCAAGGUAUGUUUUUAUUUAUUUUUUAAGUUUAGACAUCAACUGGACAUCUGUAAUUAUCAAUUUUUCAACGUUUUAGAGGUCAAAAACAGCGGUUCUGAAAGCUUUGUCUUCAACUGUCGGAACUGACACGACAGCGCCGCAUUAUCAGUUCAUCGAUGAUCCAUUAACAAUUCCAUCAUCUAACUUCGCCAAAAGAAAUUACUUCUUGGCCAAGGAGUUUGGAAAAAGAGCAGCCAAACAGCUGGCCAAAGAAUGGCCGACUUUGUUCAUGUUCGACAGAGAUGAGCCUCGACUACCAGUGUUCAGACCUGAGAAUAUACCUGCUCUAAUUGAUACUGAAGAGCCUAGUGAGAAGUUGUUAGCCAAUUUGAUUGAGGAGAAACAGGUUGCUGGAGCUUUGAAGGUGAGAUUUAUUAGGAUUUAGUUGUUUUAGGUUAUGUGAAUGGCAAAGAAAUGGUUUUUUUUAAAUUGAGAAACUUUGUAUUUGUAGGUAUAUGAGAAGAUUAGAGCAGCUAAAGUUGAUGUGUCUGGUGAGGUAUUAGAUAAAUUGUUCAAGUUAUCAGCUUAUUACAAUGGGCAAGAUCCUCCAAUCAGUGAAGAAACGGAAUGGCCUGGAAUUCGCAAUUACUUUGAAGAUGUAGAUUCGAAGUGGGAACAUGUACGUUUUUUCUUUAUUUUUUUUUGUAUUUAGGUAAUAACGAAUGAAAAUUACUUUUCAAAAAAUUAAGUAGAACAAUAAAAUGUCUUAAAACGUCUAAAACAACAUAAAUUUCUUUGUAACUGCUAUUAUUUAUAAAAGAAGCUCAAUUAUAAGUUUAUUCGUUUUAGAAUGGCCCAACAGAGCUCCUGUUCCAAUCAGUUGAACACAAUGCUGAGAAUUAUUCGAUAUUAAUCGCAUCCAAGGCUAAAUAUGGUGAUAUUGCAGCAAGAGAGCAAGCUUAUAAGCAUCUGCAAGAAAUGGAGAAGAAGGAGUUAGUUUCAGAAGAAUAUGUGUUUUAUACCUUGUUGAGAAAUGAGCAGAAUCCAAAGAAAGCCGAUGAGAUUUUACAAAGAAUGGCUAAAGCAAAUGUUAAACCCUCUAUCAGGACUAUCAAUGCUUAUAUUAUGUGUGUUAAUAAGGUAAGGGGCAUUAUACUAAAGUUUAUUCUCGUCUUUAAUUUGUUUACAAGCCUCGUUAAUACAAAGCAUAGUUUUUACUAAUAUUAAUGUAUUUUAGAUAGUGAAAUUUGAAGAAAAAUGGAAGAAGGUAAAGCAGGCGUUGGCUGAAGCCAAUAGGUUACGAUUGGUGCCGAGUUUGACAACGUAUGAUCUGGUUUUGGGUGGUUUGAGGUCGCAAAGACCUCAAGAGGGACAACCACCAGCUCAGCAACAAGAUCCAGUAAGUUUUUGUUACAUCGUUUUGCAUAUUUUGAUUUGUAAGAGGCCUAGGAUUGAUGUUUUAGGCCAAAAAUGACAUCAUUUUGAAGUUUUUUAAGUUGCUAUUAACGUAGUCUUAAAGUUCUUUAAAGAAAAUGUUACUGCAGGUACUAGCAGUCACAGCCUUGAACGAAAUCCUGGACAUCCUAGAAGCCUCAUCCACGAUUGUACCGGUCGAUAAUACAGACCAAAGCUUCUUCGUAACCGCCAUGACAAUCGCUACCACAGCCAACAAUUCGGAUUUGGUGGAUCGAAUUGAAAAUCUGUACAAAACUGAUAAGAACACAGUAAAGCUGACUGCAUUCACAGUUGAAGCCGUUUACUACAGUAAAUAUUUGAAUUUCAAGAUCUUCAAUCAACUGUCUGAUCUGAAUGAGAUUUACGACUUGUACACGGCAUUGGUGCCGAGGGUGGUUGGUGUUAGCCGGAUUAUUAUCAAAAAUAUCUUGUACAAGCUUACUGUAAGUGGUUAAUGUUGUUUUAAGUUAAAUUACUAAAGCUUUCUGUAAAUCAAGGCUGAUUUUGCUUUUUUUAUAAAAUUUGUUACCUAAAAAUUCCUUGUUUCAGCCCGAUAACACACCGUGGCCAUUGUUAAAGAGAGUCAUCGAAGAUGGAAUUGCUGGACGUCAAAUUGUGGACACAGAGCUUGGGCGUUUGUUCUUGAAAAACUUGGCUAAUGUUGAUGUUAAUGUAGGUUUUAUAUUUAAAAAAAUUUUUUUGUUAUAUUUAUUUUGUUCUUCUUGAAUUAAAGAGUAAUUUAUAGGACAAGUCAGUUUCGAAAAAUUUUAAAAUAAAACUUUUGAGUUACUUGAAGAUACAAUUUUUGUUAAAUUUUAAACUUUCAGAGCCUUGACCUUCGGCAACUGGAGCAAUUCCGCAACCUAAUCACCCGGAUCAACGAUAUCUGGCAAGAGCUAGCCAACUUCACCGACGAACGCCUCAAACAUCGCCAAAUCAAACUUCGACCAUCAAUGGCCCUGCAGCUAGCCAAUUUGUUCCUAAAAGUUGGUGAAACUAGAAAAGCCUUUGUUAUAAUAUCACUAAUCACCGAAGCUGAUCCAGAAGUUUUGAAUCUAGAAGAUCGACCACAUUUGGAGACACUCUUAAGCUUGUUCGAUGCCACAAUCGAGACCAAUGAUGUUACUCAAACUGCCAAUGUUCUGGAGUUGGUAUGUCGUUACUACAAGGAUGGGCCAUUAGAACAGUUGGCAGAGAAGAUCAACGGAAAGUUUGUGUUGAAUGCCACACAGAAGAGGGUUAUCACCAACUUUGUUAAACUUAGGAAUGUUUAA